AUGGGAAAGAUCCAUUCCAAGGAGCACUUCAAGGAGAAGUAUGCCGUGGACGACGUCCAGGACGCAGAUGAGAUUGCCAUUGUCCUGACGUCACAGAAGCCCUCUGUCCUCCUCACUUUGCGUGGCGUCAACACAGACAGCAGCAGCGUCUGCAGGGAGGCUUCCUUCGAGGGCAUCAGCAAGUUCAAAGUCAACAACACCAUUCUUCACCCAGAGAUCGUUGAGUGCCGAGUGUUUAAGACGGACAUAGAGCUGGAGGUUCUGCACUACACCAGUAAAAUCUCCAGUGAGGCCCACUGUGAGGAACUCUUGAAGCUUAAAGACAAAGAAGUAAUGUCUUCAAGAUUCGGAGAAAUAAUCGGUUUCCACAUAGAAUUCUCUACACAAGCACAUAUGCAUGUGCACACAUGCUAUUAAUCACAUAAGAGGGUAGAAUAAAAAUGUUUUCAGAUAUGUGAGAUACUGUCUCAAGAAAUUUAAUGGUCAAGCACCCCCUCUUAACAAGUGCCUGGAAAAUAAAAUCUACAAAAUGAGAAAGUAGCCCAAGACAGAGGAUCCAGGAAAUAGAGGAUCUCACACAGGAAGGGGAAGAAAUUCCAGUAUGAAGUUAGGGAAGUCGCAGGAUGUUCGCUGGUCAUCAAGCCUAGAGACCUGUCAAGAUUGGCAGAAGAGAAUAGAAAGUUCCAACAGGGUGACUCCAUAAAAAAAAAAAAAAAAAAGAACUGAUAGACUAUCUGAAAUGUUGAUUGUGCUGAAAAAACAUAUUCAACUGGUGGAAUAUAGAAUGAAUUAGUGACAGAAAUAUGGGAAAAAGGGCUAAUCAAAAAUUUAGGC